GGUGCAAACCGCAGACUUGUAGGUCAUAAGAACAUCUUGGUCUGAGUUGAGGGCUGGGGGGUGAAAACAGACAGCUAUGCAAUAACAAAGCUUUUCAACGAUGGAAAGACAUGAUAUCUUCUUCAUCUGUUUCUCUUGGAGAUCUUUUUGUGGGUAAAAGCGUGAAGGAGGCCUUGGAGUUCCUUUACCAGACGGAGUGUUUCAGAUUUGCCUUGAAACAGACUGCUUACCGCUUCCUCUUUCGAAGAUGCAGCGAGACCCAAUCUCUCCUUCUGGGCAGGAGAGUCCAUUGUCACUUGAUCAAGGCAGGGUCUCCUCCGGAUUUGUACACGAGCAAUACCCUGUUGAACAUGUAUGUAAGAAAUGGAGAUCUGGGCGACGCGCACCAGGUGUUCGACAGAAUGCCACAAAGAGAUAUCGUCUCUUGGAAUUCCAUCAUCGCUGGUUAUGUUGGUCGAGGGAGGAAUGUAGAGGGUUGUCAACUUUUGAAAAUGAUGCGGAGGGAUGGCUUUGGUGUCGACCAGUACACUUUUGGCACUGUACUCAAGAGCUCGGGUAGUGCUGGUGAUCUGCAAUUUGGGCAGCAGAUUCAUUCUCUUGUGGUUAGAACGGGGUUUCAGGGGAAUAUCUUCGCAAGUUCCGCACUUCUUUAUAUGUACACAAAGUGUGGAAAGAUGGAGGAUGCCGAGGUGGUGUUUGAGUUCAUGCCAGAGAAGAAUGCAGUUUCGUGGAACACUAUGAUUUCCGGCUGCGCUCGAACUUGUAAAGGAGAAAGAGCUUUGCAGUUAUUUAACCAGAUGGAACAGGAAGGAAUUAUUCCAGAUCAAGCUACAUUCGCAAGUGUUCUUUCAUCGCUGUCUGAUCCUCAUUCACUUCGGCUUGUGAAACAAAUUCAUGCAAAGAUAGUGAAAUUUGGACUUCAUUUUGACGUCGUUGUUGGGAAUUCUGCUAUAACUGCAUAUUCUGAAUGUGAGUCAAUUGAAGAUGCCAAACUGAUAUUCAAUCAGAUGAAAAUGCAUGACCUCGUCACUUGGAAUGCGAUGCUUGCAGGUUAUGUGUGCAAUGAUCAAAGCGUGGAGGCCUUAGGACUCUUUGCUGAAAUGCAAUGUCAUGAUGUUAAACUAGACAUCUAUACGUGCACCAGUUUGGUAAGCGCUUGUUGCAGGUUUGAGCAUUCUGAGGAAGGCAAAAUCUGUCAUGGUUUAGCAGUCAAAGCUGGUCUAGAAGAGUCAACUCCUGUUUCAAAUGCAUUAAUAUCUAUGUACGCCAAUUUUGGUAUGAUGGAUGAUGCACUUAAACUAUUUGGCAAGAUGCAAUAUAGAGAUAAUGUCUCAUGGAAUUCAAUUAUAGCAGGUUACUCUCAGUGUGGGCUUGCUGAGGAAGCCAUGAAAUUGUAUUCCCAGAUGUUGCUUCAUCGUGUCAGGCUUGAUCAUUACACAUUCUCUAGUGUUCUUCGAUGUUGUGCUAACCUAGCAACAUUACAAUGGGGCAAACAGAUUCAUGUUUCAAUCAUCAAGCUUGGUUUCAAAGCACAUUUGUUUGUUGGUAGUGCACUGAUUUACAUGUACUCUAGGUGUGGUAUGAUAGAAGAUGCUUCAAGGGCGUUUGAUGAAACUUCAAAAAGCGGCCCAGUUACAUGGAAUUCAAUUAUAUUUGCUUAUGCACAACAUGGACAAGGUGAAUCUGCAAUUGAUAUCUUUAAAUUAAUGCAGGAAGUAGGCAUAAAGCCAGAUCACAUCACCUUUGUUGGUAUUCUAUCUGCAUGUAGUCAUGUUGGCUUGGUUGAAGAAGGAUCAUACUACCUCAUGUCUAUGGAUGCUAAGUAUGGUAUUAAACCUCGGAUGGAACAUUUUGCAUGUGCAAUCGAUCUUUUUGGUCGUGCUGGGCUGCUGCAGAGAGCAAAAUUAGUUAUUGAUUCGAUGCCAUUUAAGCCUAAUGCGAUGAUAUGGAAGACCUUGCUUGGCGCAUGCAGGGCUCAUCGAGAGAUAGAUUUGGCCAAAUAUGCAGCGAGUUUCUUACUAGAAUUAGAGCCCAAUGAGCACGCAACAUACAUCCUCCUUUCAAAUGUGUUUGCUCUUCAUAGUGAAUGGGAUGAACUAGCACAAUUGAAAAGGGUGAUGAGGGAGAAAGGCCUAAAGAAGAUAGCUGGAUGCAGCUGGGUGGAGGUGAAAAACAUAGUGCAUACAUUUAAUGCUGAAGACUGCUCACAUCCUCAGGCCAAAGAGAUAUAUGAGAAACUUAAGGUAUUAAUGAAGCAGAUCAAGGGGAUGGGUUAUGUUCCUGAUACUGAGUUUGUGUUGCAUAACCUGGAUGAAGAGACUAAAGAGCAGCAUCUUUUUUACCACAGUGAGAAACUCGCUGUGGUGUUCGCAAUAAUGACUGUCCCAAAAGGGGUUACAAUUAGGAUAAUGAAGAAUCUUCGUACUUGUGGGGAUUGCCAUACAGCUUUCAAGUUCAUAAGCAAAGCAAUUGACAGAGACAUAGUAAUGAGAGAUGCAAAUCGCUUUCACCAUUUCAAAAGUGGCACUUGUUCUUGUGGGGACUAUUGGUAGCAACCUGCUAUCUAAAUGGAUACAUUUAUGGAAGAAUGUUAAAUGUACAAGGGAAUUCAACUCUAAUACCCUUAGUUCAGAAAGAGGUUGCUUAUAGAUAAAUUCCUCUA